AUGGCUGAAGAGUUUUGCCGCAGGCCAGCACCACCUGUAGACGUGCUUGAGCACUUUGUUGACGUGUACCGCAUCAAGUUGCAUUUGCAACCAUUGCCUAUAUUCAAUCUUACGGGGCUGACAGAUCGACUAAUGGCUGGCCCGCAGUACUUGUUGUGGAGCUUCCUGGCUGUUGUCUUGACAUUCUCCAACCAUAUAUUCUAUCAGAAUACAGAAGAUAUCGCCAAAGACCUAUACUCUCGUUCUUCAGAAUAUGCUGUGAUGAAGUUAGCAUGGGAAGGAGAUCCAAAUCCAGAAGUCAUACAAGCUUUAUGUCUGGUAGCAUUGAAACACAUUAGGGCCCAGCAACCGACUCGCGCGUGGAUGGUUAUCGGCGUUGGCACACGAUUAUGUGCCCUCAGGCCACCACAUCACGAUGGGUCAUCUUUAAUACGUGGAGAUGAUUCGACAUCUAGGGCUUAUUGGAGUGUUUUCGUCCUUGAGAGGUUUUUUCUCUCUCGCACUAUGGGAUUGUCAAGUGCCGAAACUCCAGAAUAUCCGGAAAGCGCCCCAUUACCUCCCCCUAUAGUGGCCGCUAUGGGCAAUACAUUUUCAAAUUCCGCAACAUUAUCAGCACAACAGACAUCCCCACUUGGCCGCGAUGGUAUAGGUCCGCCAUUUUAUCGACUGGUCUCUCUAUGGGGUAAAGUUGGAUGCUACAUGCAUUCGUUAAGGGAAGGCGAACUUGAAGAGCCGUGGCUACCGGAUUCAACCAUCUCUAAGCUCAAUAUAGAGCUAAUAGAGCACGAAGCCCGAGUUGGUAAGGAACAUUUACUGUCCAAUUUGGAGUUCUCGGCUCGAUCAGCAGCAGAAAUAGCCCAAUAUUGUGAGUAUUGGAACCCUUGGAUUGCGGGCGAAAUUUUGUGGCAUGCAAUAUCCGCCAUCCUAAAUCACCCAUUCAUUCAUCUUGUCGUUCUGCGAGCUCAAGAAGGUAUACCACAGUCUAGUGGCUUUCUUCAACAAAAAUGCGAUCAAGCUCUUUACCACGCAAGCUGGGUUUUCCGUCUGAUACAACUUACUGAGGGAUUGAUGGAAAUUGUGAAUCCCUUAGUUGGGGAUGCUGUUGCUGCCACUGCGACCGUUCUGUGGCCUUUCCAAUUUACUAGGACGCCUAAAAUCGUCCAAACAGCAAGGGAUGAUUUGAUUAAAUGUGACAACUUUUUAAGCCAAAUGGCCCUUACGUGGCCGCAUAUGUCAAAUAAGGUUAACAUCAUAAGAAAAUUGCAAGCUCUUGCAGAAAAGAAUCGAAAGACACCAGCGGCUGAUGAAGCAACCAUCUGUUUUCAGCCUACAUUAUUUUGCAGCUUGCUUGAUCCUCAAUUUGGUGAGACAGUCUCAAAUGGCUUACCAAACACUGAUCUAGACCCUUUAUCCGAGAACGACUCACAGUCGAAAAUGCAUCUAAAGACACACUUUGUACAUCCUCUGUUGGAGGAGCAAUGUUCAGGCCGGCAGCAAGAAGAAACAUUCUCUGCACCAAAUUCUACUGAAGACUUCUUCAUGAGUACAGAUAAUAUGGAUCAAUUCAUUAUCGAGGAACUGUCUUCCCAUUUUCUACAAAGCGGACUGUGGAACAUGGCUCCAGACUCAAUAUAA